AUGGCUGCGCGACGCAUUGUUAAAGUGCAGUCGACAGUAGCUGAGGGGCGUUUGGAAGUUCUGCAGGUCUAUAAACUGCUGCAGUGUGUGCGCGAGGGAAACACCGCUCAUAUAGAGAAGAUGCUGCGGCUGGGUGUCCCCAGACUGGUUGACUUGACAGAGCCCAGAGAGGGGUUAGGUGCCAUGCACCUGGCUGUUACUGCCAAUAAUAUGGACAUGGCACGGUUUUUGCUGUCAGCGAAGGCCAAUCCAAACAUACAGGACAAAAGGGGACGAACCCCCGUCAUUCUUGCUACACAGCUGGGCCACGACACUAUGGUGGCCCUGCUGGCUAAAAACCAUGCCGAUAUGAACCUGGCAGACAAAGACGGAAAAGGGGUACUGUUUUACUGCUUAUACCCUACGACGAGGCAUGCGCACUGCCUGCAGGUGGCUCUCAACAGCAAGGCCAACGUGAACAGCGUCUGUCGCUCAGGCAAGCCAGUAUUCGUGUUGGCCUGUGAGCGUGCUCGAGACUGCGAGGACAUGUGCAUGAGCAUUCUAGAAGGAGGGGCCAAUCCUGAUUCAGCUGAUGAGACAUCAGGGCGAACAGCUCUAAUGGAGGCAGCCAGGGCUGGAUCUGUGCAGCUUGUAAGAGCGAUUUUACAGAGAGGAGCCAACCCGAAUACACUUGACAAGAAAAGAUUUCAUGCUGCCCAUUUUGCAGCCAAAGGUGGUUUCUUUGAGGUGAUACAGGUACUCUCUGCUUACUCUGCUGACCUUGGUGUCAUGGCAACAGAUGGAAACACACCUCUACAUUUUGCGGCUGCUGGUGGCUUUGCUGAAUGCUGCAGGUUUCUGGCCCAGAGAGGUUGUAAUCCCAAACUUAAGAAUGUGGAAGGUUUAGUCCCACGCCAGAUAGCCAAAGACAAAGGACAAAAAGCCGCAAUGAAAGAGCUGAAAAAGGCUGAAAGACAGCAUGCAAAGUUCUCCAAGCCAGAGGCUGUUAAUCCUAAUGCGUUAUGGGCCAUUAGACUACACGACUGGUCGUGCGAACACGAGGCCACCUUGCGUAGCGCCUUUGAAAUGGCAGAGGAAAGCGACGGUCCCCUGGUGACCGUUUCCACGGACACCUUUGUAUCUGUUCUAAAGGAGCACCGCGCACCGCUGGAUGACGAAAACCUCGAGAGGGUCGUCAAAGACCACGACAACAGACGAGAAGGUGUCAUCAACGUCAGCGAUUUUUUCAAGGGGCUAAAGUACCUGCAGAAGGCCUUUGUCAUUUCGUCCUAUGGCCCCAAGAAGAAGAAGGCUGGAAAGGGUGGAAAGGGGAAGAAAAAGGGCAAAUACGUCGCCCCGAUGCCCAUAUACACCCUCCCAUCAGACCACAUGGCAAGACGGCCGGACGGUGGCCCGCCGCUGUUGAUGAUUGAGCGGUACCAGCAGUUCACAGAUAUGAAACGCUUUCACCGCGACCGUCCACCGCGCCACCCCGUCGAGGAUGACUCCGCCUGGUACAUCAAAGAACUGGAGAAGGCCUACAUCAAUAUCAACCAGUGCACGAUGAUCGAGGACCUGGAGUCGCUCAGCCUGGCCUUCAGUCAAGGUCAUCCAGUGGAUGUCCAAGACCGAUUCUACAAAACGCCGCUCAUGACUGCCUGCACGUUCGGCAACUACACGGAGGCCAAAUUACUGAUCGAACUGGGGGCUGAUGUGAACGCGUGUGAUCAGUUCAACUGGACGCCUCUUCACCAUGCCUGCCACGCGGGUCAGUUGGACAUCAUUGACCUGUUGGUGCAGAGUGGUGCUAUGGUGGAUGCUGUGGCCGUGAAUGGAGGAACUCCUCUGAUGAGGGCAAUCGAGAGCUGUAGACUUAGCUGUGUUGACUACCUAAUCAAAGCGGGAGCCAACAUACAAGCGGCGAAUAAAGCAGGACAAACGUGCUUGGAUGUUGCCAAACUUUACGGAGAUCCUAGAAUUAUUGAGUUGAUCAUGACCAAAUUUGACAGUCUUCCAAAGAUGAAGGAAAACAAGAAGGGAAAAGGUGGAGAGGCCCCUCCAAAAUCAAAACCAGCUGCUCCCAUGACGGAGAAGGUGGGACGGAUCUGUCGGAAUUCAGCAUCUCCUUCCCUCAAUACGCUGGCGAAGAGAGCAGCACUUAGAGAAAACAUCAUAUUUGUGAACUCGCAGAUGCCCAGCGGACCUGCCAACAAGUUUGGUAUUAGCUUUGUGCCAAGAACUGUGUGGGGGAAGGAACUCCUGACGACUCAGAGGCAGAUAGAGAGAAAAAUGGACAGAAGGAAACACCUCUCUUAUGAAGCAGAAUUUGAAGACUUUAUGGUGUCUCUCAGUAAGAGCAUUAUGCAAAAGAGCCUGGAGAUGACUUGA